ACUGUAACUUGAACACUCAUAAUUCCACUGGCAUUCAAUCAAUGCAGACGUGAAAAGGAGAACUCAAAUCAACUGAUCUCGUAAUAAGUGUAAAGUGUCUCAAUUUCAAUAUAGCAACCAGAACAAUAAUCUAUUUUGAGAGCACUGAACGAUUGCACAAAUAAAGUACAAUAAUAAUACAAAUAAUCGACUCGUAUUGAAUAUGGCGCAAAGUGAAUGUGGAAAUUUCUGUGAUGCUGGAAGGGAGCAGACCUGUUGCAAGCAGACAGCUGGCACUAUUGCCAGGAGCAGUGCCUCCAAAGUAUUCCCCGAUAAGAUCUACAAAUCGGUUCAAGCCAAGGGCAAAGAUGUAACCGGUAUGACUUGCGAGUGUGGUGUAUUUGGCGCCAUAUCCUGUGGCGACUAUCCUACAUCGCUCGACAUUGCCCAGAUGAUCUGCUUGGGUUUGGUUGCCCUGCAGCAUCGUGGCCAGGAAUCGGCUGGCAUUGUCACCAGUCAGGGCAAGAACUCCAAGAACUUUGCCGUCCACAAGGGCAUGGGCAUGAUCAGCAACAUUUUCAAUGACGAGGCCAUACGCAAACUGAAGGGCAAUCUGGGCAUUGGACACACCCGCUACUCAACAGCGGCCGCCUCCGAGGCGGUCAACUGUCAGCCCUUUGUGGUGCACACGGCCCACGGUGCAUUGGCCAUUGCCCACAAUGGGGAGCUGGUUAACUGUGAAUCGCUGCGUCGUGAGGUCCUCGAACGUGGCGUUGGCCUCUCCACGCACAGCGACAGCGAGUUGAUUGCCCAAUCCCUGUGCUGUGCACCGGAGGAUGUGUCCGAGCACGAUGGACCCAAUUGGCCGGCACGCAUUCGUCACUUUAUGACCCUGGCGCCACUCUCUUACUCGCUGGUCGUCAUGCAUAAGGAAAAGAUCUAUGCAGUGCGGGAUUCGUAUGGCAAUCGGCCGUUGUGUCUGGGCAAGAUUGUCGCCUAUGAUGCAGGCCAUGCCAACAUUGAUGAACAGCUUGCCGAGGGUUGGGUGGUGAGCAGCGAGAGUUGUGGCUUCCUCUCCAUCGGGGCACGCUACGUACGCGAAGUGGAGCCGGGCGAGAUCAUUGAGCUGUCCCGCAAUGGCUACCGUACAGUGGAUAUUGUUGAGCGACCCGAUUACAAGCGCAUGGCCUUCUGCAUCUUUGAGUAUGUCUACUUUGCGCGCAGCGACUCCAUGUUCGAGGGCCAGAUGGUCUACUCAGCGCGGCUGCAGUGUGGCCGCCAGUUGGCACGUGAAUCUCCGCUGGAUGCGGAUCUGGUCAGUUCGGUGCCGGAAUCGGGCACUGCAGCGGCUCAUGGCUAUGCGAGGGAGUCGGGUCUGCCCUUUGGCGAGGUGCUCUGCAAGAAUCGCUAUGUGGGACGCACCUUCAUUCAGCCCUCGAAUCGUUUGCGCCAACUGGGCGUGGCCAAGAAAUUUGGCGCCCUCGCUCAGAAUGUGGAGGGUAAGCGGAUUGUGCUCGUCGACGAUUCCAUUGUGCGCGGCAACACAAUUGGUCCCAUCAUCAAGCUGCUCCGGGAUGCUGGCGCCACCGAGGUGCACAUUCGCAUUGCCAGUCCGCCGCUGCAAUAUCCGUGCUACAUGGGCAUCAAUAUACCCACCCGCGAGGAGCUCAUCGCCAACAAGCUGAAUGCCACGCAGCUGGCCUGCCAUGUGGGCGCCGACAGUCUAACCUAUCUCAGCGUGCAGGGUCUGGUCAAGGCGGUGCAGAUGAACAAGUCGCACGUGAAUCCCCUUAAAUCGGGCUACUGCACCGCUUGCCUCACCGGCGAGUAUCCUGGCGGACUGCCCGAGGAGCUCAGCUGGUAGAAUAGCUUGGCAUUUAUGGAGCACUUAGUUUAAGUCGUAGAUCUUAGCUCACCAUCAACACAACACAUCUAUUCCAGUUCAGUUCAAACUCCAUAUUGAGAUCUUAAUUCUAAGUCCAUUCAUACGUUUUCUAAAGAUUUAAAUCAUCUAAUUAAUUUAGUAGUGUUUCAAAUAAAUGUUACUUAGUCAGAA